UUUUUUCCUUGUUAAAGGCGACUUCCUUUUUUCCCUCUCCUCCCACCAAGUGACCAAACAAACCCCUCUCUCUCUCUCUUCCCCCACCUCCGCUUGCCUUCGUCUAUUUUUUUCACUUUCUCCCCACGCACGCGGAUCUCCCCCAUUUUUUGACCUCACUCACCGCCACGCCACCAAUGGCCGCCGCCGCCGCCGCCGCGCCCAACUCCCUCCUGGUCGUCCGCCGCAAUCCCCUCCGCACCUCCCCCAGGCCCUCCGUCUCCGUCCGGCCCAGGUCCGCCAUCUCCUGCGCCGCCGUCACGUCCGCCCCGGCCGCCACCCCCGCCGGCGUGGCCUCGGAGCGCGUCUUCAACUUCGCCCCCGGCCCCGCCACCCUGCCGGAGUCCGUGCUGCUGAGGGCGCAGUCGGAGCUGUACAACUACCGCGGGUCGGGCAUGAGCAUCAUGGAGAUGAGCCACCGCGGCAAGGAGUUCGACGGCGUGAUCAAGAAGGCGGAGUCCGAUCUGCGCGCCCUCCUUGGGAUCUCCGACGACUACGCCGUCCUCUUCCUCCAGGGCGGCGCCACGACCCAGUUCGCCGCCGUCCCCCUCAACCUGUGCGCCGGGCCCGACGACGCCGCCGACUUCAUCGUGACGGGCUCCUGGGGCGACAAGGCCUACAAGGAGGCCGCCAAGUACUGCCGGCCCAACCUGCUCUGGACCGGGAAGCCCGCCAAGUACACCGCGAUCCCGCCCUUCGACGCCCGCUCCCUCCCGCAGAACCCCGACGCCCGAUUCCUCCACAUCUGCGCCAACGAGACCAUCCACGGCGUGGAGUUCAAGGACUACCCCGUCCCCGAGAACCGGGACGGCAUCCUGGUCGCCGACAUGUCCUCCAACUUCUGCUCCAAGCCCGUCGACGUCUCCAAGUUCGCGCUGAUCUACGCAGGGGCGCAGAAGAACGUGGGGCCCUCGGGGGUCACCGUCGUCAUCGUGCGCAGGGAUCUCAUCGGCAAGGCCCAGCCCAUCACUCCCGUCAUGCUCGACUACAAGACCCACGCCGACAGCGCCUCCCUCUACAACACCCCGCCCUGCUUCGCCAUCUACAUCUGCGGUCUCGUCUUCGAGGACUUGCUCGAGCAGGGCGGCCUCGCGGAGAUCGAGAAGAAGAACGCCCACAAGGCCGGGAUUCUCUACGACGCCAUCGACGGGAGCGGCGGCUACUACGCGUGCCCCGUCGAGCCCUCCGUCAGGUCGCUCAUGAACGUGCCCUUCACGCUGCAGAAGAGCGAACUGGAGAAGAAGUUUAUCGACGAGGCGGCCAAGGAAGGGAUGGUUCAGCUCAAGGGGCAUAGAUCGGUCGGCGGCGUUCGGGCUUCGAUAUACAAUGCGAUGCCGCUGGCUGGUGUAGAGAAGCUGGUCGCUUUCAUGAAGGAUUUCCAAGCUAGGCAUCCGUGAUUGCCCAUGACCAGCCUUCCUAUUCCAGUUGGCUGCUUCUUCUACAUUAGCAGCUUGUUGGCCGUGUCCGCAUGCUGCUCUAUUCGGUUUUUAGUGUGGUGCUGUUUUUCCACAUUUAGAUCUUAAAGUGUCACUAUGACCUAAAUUAAAAGUUUGGAUUUUGUGUUGUUACUUUGCCUGUGCUUUCUUUUUUUUUUCUGGCGUUUUCUCCUUUAUAGUCUUCACUAGGGGUUGGUAGUUUUGGAGUAAGAGUAAGUCAUCUUCCAGAUGGGGUGAUGAAGUGGAAGCAUUAGUAAAAAUUACGGGUUUAAUCA